AUGAACCCAGGCUCCGAGCAGGGAGCCCCGGCCGCCCUGGGGGUGGUCACCGCCACCUGCGUCUCCAAGGUGGAGCUUCGACUCAGCUGCCGGCAUCUGCUGGACCGCGACCCGCUCAACAAGUCGGACCCCAGCGUGGUGUUGCUAAUGCAGUCCCAGGGCCAGUGGGUGGAGGUGGACAGGACUGAGGUUAUCAAGAGCAGCCUACAUCCGGUGUUCUCCAAGGUCUUCACUCUGGACUACUACUUUGAGGAAGUACAGAAGCUUCGGUUUGAGGCCUACGACAUUCAUGGACAUUGCAGCAUUGGCUCCCAGGAUGAUGACUUCCUGGGAGGCAUGGAGUGCACUCUGGGGCAGAUUGUGGCCCAAAAGAAGAUGACCAGAGCCCUGCUCCUUAAAAAUGGCAAGCAUGCUGGCAAAUCCACCAUUACGGUAAUAGCAGAGGAGAUCUCUGGGAACAAUGGUUAUGUGGAACUCUCUUUACGAGCCAAGAAGCUUGACGACAAGGAUCUCUUUAGCAAAUCAGAUCCUUUUCUGGAGAUCUACCGGAUCAAUGAUGAUCAGAGUGAGCAACUGGUAUACAGGACAGAGGUUGUGAAGAAUAACCUGAAUCCUGUGUGGGAGACAUUCAAAGUUUCCCUCAAUUCUCUUUGUAGCUGUGAGGAGAAGAGGCCUCUUAAGUGUUUGGUCUGGGACUAUGAUUCUAGAGGCAAACAUGACUUCAUUGGUGAAUUCUCCACCACUUUCGAGGAAAUGCAGAAGGCGCUUGAGGAGGACAAGGUUCAAUGGGACUGUGUGAACCCCAAGUACAAAACUAAGAAACGGAAUUAUAAGAACUCAGGGGUGGUCAUCUUGUCAGACCUGAAGAUCCACAGGGUCUACUCCUUCCUGGAUUACAUUAUGGGUGGAUGCCAGAUUCACUUCACUGUGGCCAUUGACUUCACAGCUUCCAAUGGAGACCCCCGUAACAGCUGCUCUCUCCAUUAUAUCAACCCCUACCAGCCCAAUGAGUACCUGAAGGCACUCAUUGCAGUGGGAGAAAUCUGCCAGGACUAUGACAGUGACAAGAAAUUUUCUGCUUUGGGAUUUGGUGCCCGGAUUCCUCCCAAGUAUGAGGUCUCCCAUGACUUUGCCAUUAAUUUCAACCCGGAUGAUGAUGAGUGUGAAGGGAUCCAGGGAGUGGUGGAAUCGUACCAGAACUGCCUUCCCAAAAUCCAGCUCUAUGGCCCCACCAAUGUGGCACCCAUCAUUGCCAAGGUGGCCAAGAUGGCAGCAGCUGAAGAGAGAACUGGGGAGGCCUCUCAAUACUACAUUCUCCUGAUCCUGACUGAUGGUGUGGUGACCGACAUGGCAGACACAAGGGAAGCCAUUGUACGUGCCUCCUACCUGCCCAUGUCCAUCAUCAUAGUAGGUGUGGGCAAUGCUGACUUCACAGACAUGCAGAUUCUGGAUGGGGACGAUGGGGUCCUGCGUUCCCCCAAGGGAGAGCCUGUCCUCCGAGACAUUGUACAGUUUGUCCCCUUCCGAGAAUUCAAGAAUGCUUCUGCGACAGCUCUGGCCAAGUGUGUCCUGGCUGAGGUGCCCAAGCAGGUGGUUGAAUACUACAGCCAUAAGGAGCUUCCUCCUCGCUGCCCCAAUAUGGACUCCCCUGAUGCCAGCCCUGGCCCUCCACAGUGA